AUGGCCGGAACAAAUUUACCAAGAGUGCCGGAGGGUGUACGGGACCUAAUGAAAGCCUAUACCAAGGAAGUUUUACGUGAAAAACCGACGAAUCUUUAUGAGUUCUCGUCUGACUAUUUUGAAAGAAUUGCGAGUGGUAGAGGACACCACAAAGUGCUUAAAUACGAGCCACCGCAAAGUUACGAAACCAUUAUGAAAAACCGCAUAAGACAUCAAGUACCGAUUUCACUUGUUUUUAACAUAAUUCCCGAUAAUCUAACUGAACUGAUUAAAAAGUUCAUUAAAGCUGUUCUUAGAGAAAAGCCCGAGAAUUUACUCAUUUUUGCAGUAGAAUAUUUCCAAAGGCUUCGCACUACCCACUCCCCACGCAUGGAGUAUUCGAAGUACUCUGCCUUUGAGAAAUAUAAUGACGAAAAGGGAAGCUCCUUUGCCCCGCAAGAAAAAUGUACUUGCGGUCGCAUACUAAGCUCAAGAACUAGAGAUCAGGAAUAUAUGAAUGCUAUAUUUAUAAUACAAAGACAAUGUCGGCGUUAUUUAGCCAAAAAGAGAGUUGGGAAGACAACGGAGUUAAAAAAAGAAAAUCGUUACGAUUCAGUUGAAUACAUGAAUGCUAUUCGUAUUAUACAGCGAUACUGCAGGCAAUAUUUACGCAAGAGAACCCCAAGGAGUCCCUUAAAUAGCAAUAAAACCCAUUCCAAGGAAAGAAAACUUUCACUUACGAACGCAGCAUUUAUUAUUCAGAGAGCAUUUAGAAAUAUGGUCAAGACACGGAGGGCCAAAAGACAUAUAAAUGCCGAGCUCGACCAAUGCGAUGAGGUCAACGAUAAUGCCUCCGAGGCAGCCUCAUAUACCUCCGCAUCCACGGCUCUCCUUUCCACAGAGUCGGCCUGUGAGCACAUCGAGUUUGGUGGCAGUAACUAUGAGGAGGGAGUCCAUCAACAAACUAUUCGUGAAGAUGAGGAAGUUGAAAAUGACUAUACCAACAAACUUCAAGAUUUAGACAAUUUAAACGAAGAAAUGGACAACAGAAAGAAAAGAGGAUUAUAUGGACAAAAAAGCCGUAGGGACAUACACAGUGAGCCAAACUCUGAGAAGCCUAUUGCGAGUAGCGAUAAUUCCGAGGACUUUCCAACUGACCAAGCUGAUGAUAGGAAGUCUAUUGGAGCGGUAGAGUCUAUUAAGACGAGUGUUUCCCAUAAAGACAGCGCGGAAAUUUCUACAACCGCUCAUAAACUAGCUCCGGAAAAUUCAGCUUUGCAAAGCGUUCUCUCAGUUUCCAAUACAACAAAUAUAUUGAAAAAUAUAGAAGAAUCAAGUGCAACUUUAGAUGCCCCAUUGGAGGAUAACAAUGAAAGUAAUACAGUGAAAUCAAUUAAGGAAAGUAUUUCACAAGCAGAAUGCUUGGAAACAGAUGCUCAAUCUCAUGAACUUAAGAUAUCAUCACCAUUGAAAAACCAUAGUCCUUCCAAUGAAAUGAAAAACUCGGAAGAAUCUAUUAAGAAAAGUAUUUCACAAAUGGAAAACUUAGAAACUGCUCCUCAGUCUGAUGAGCUCGUCAGACUAACACAAUCAAAUAGCCUUUCUGAGGAAAUUGAUGCAGAUCAUUCAAAAAUAUCGCAAGGGGAAGAGAUUGUUUCCUCAAUUAAUUCUAUAGCCGAGCAAGAGCCCAGUUCUGAUCCUUCAACCAAUAUUGAUAGAGACUUGCAAACUUCUGAUCAAUUUGUCAAGACAGAGACGGAUCUUAAUCAACAUUUUGAAGGAGCUAAUAAUAAUAAAUCGGCUGAUCUGGAACAUUCAUCAACACCAGAAGGUAGUAUUGAAGAUAAACCAACAUCUGCUGAAGGAAAAACAUUGAGUUUAACGGAGAACAAUAUAGCUGCACAAGGCGCUGAGAAAUUCAAUUCAGAGAACGACUAUUUAACAGAAGUAAACAGCCUUCAGACAGUUUUGAAUACUAUGAAAGAAAAGUAUAAUCAGGACGAAGAAAUAUUCGAUAACAAAAAAUCAACUCCUUCUGCAACUAACGAAGAAGGUUUUGAACAAAAUAAAGGCUCCACCUCAAAUAUGGAAUCCGAUAGUACAGCAGAGGCUAAAGAAUCUGAGAUAACUGAAGAUAGAAAUAUAGAUCAAGUAGCGGUACCCCCAUUAAAAACAGAAUCUGCAGAUAAUACGUCAGAAAGUGAAGAGCUAAGUAAUUUGGAAGAUAAACAUUCAAAGGAAGACACAAUCGCAAAUGGUAUUGGAAAAUCAAUUAUAAUUCAUAGUAUACUUCCGGGUGAAGAUGAUUAUGAAUUACCGCUUUCAUCUGAGAUUCUCUCGAGUCCAGAUAAUACAAGUAAUGUAACUAAUGUAACUGAGAGUACUCCUGAUAUCGAUGAGAACACAGAAGAGAUUAAGAACAUCGAAGAAAAAAAUAUAGAUGAGCCGAAAUUAAAGCAGGAUUCUUCCCGUAUUCCAGACAUACAAACAGUUGAUGAGCUCAUAAUAAAUUCAACUACCAAAGAAGAUAUUCAGGUCUUAGAACGUUCUUACUCAGAGGUAGAUUCGUCUAUUAAGCCAACCAAAGGAUCUGAUGAGAAUAAAAACAGAAAACAAAUAGAGGAAGACUCGACUGAAAAUAUUGAAAAUAACGAAGUGAAGCUGGACUCCAAGACUUCCGAAGUAAAUAUUGUUGCUGAGCUGCAGUUGAAAUCAUUUAAGACAGAUUCCGAUGGGGGAAAUUGGUACGAUGUUUACAAUGAGCCUAGUGAAGAUUCACACACCGAUAAUAAUACAGCAAAAGUAAAAGAGAUAGACGUUGAUAGUGCAAGAUUUCAAAAAAGUCAAUCUGUCGAAUAUCUGGAGAGGAGACCAAAUUACAUUUAUGGAGAAGAAUCAACACCACAAGAACCAGUUAAACCAAAGCAAUCGAUUGCAUUUUUUAUUUCAUUUGAUGGAGAUGAUGGGAAAACAAGCUUUAAAAUACCCAAAAGAUUCUUAAGACAAACCGAAUCGACUCAUAAAAUAUUGAAGAAGCAUCACAUAAAGGAAAAUGAUCAAGUCUUAAGCAUGGACCCAAUAAUACCAGCUGAAGAAGAUAUUAACGAAUCAGAUGUAGAUAUAGGAUAUCAGCAGUUUGGCAUACAAAAGUUACAAACUAUUCACGAACUUAAUGAAAAUGAGUCAAGCAAUGAGCUCAAAAGUUUAAUUUAUAAAUCAGAUGAUUAUGCCAAUGAAUUCGAGGAUCAGGAAAUAAGUAUGGUUGAUUCAGAUAAUAAAUAUACUGAAGAGAACUAUGAUAAUUUGAAUGCAGAAGCUGUUGAUAGAGCUGACUCAACUGAAGAUAGGAUCGAUCACUCAUUAAAGGAAAAAGAAGAUGAAAUUAAGAUUGUAGAAGACAAUGAAACCGAUCAAUCCCAUGACAUUAGCCGCAAAAAAAGCGCACAGAUUAUACAAAGAGCUUUUAAAAACUAUCUACGAAAGAAACUAGCAUACAAUGAGGAUAUAUCUAAGGGUACAUCUGCAACAUCCCUAAUAACAAUAAUUCCAAAUACCAACGAAUCUCAAACACCAGAAGUUUCAUUUAAUGAAGGAGAACUUUCGGAUGAGAUGACAGUGAUGAAUCCUGAGGUCAACUCAACCAAACCUGAAUGUCAAGAUAAUUCAAUGCUGGUGGAAGUUCAAGAAGAAAAAUGUAUAAAGAAAUCCGUGUCACGUAGCAAUCUCUCUGAUGAAGAAACUAAAGAUGAUCCUAAAAAUGAAAAGGAAGAUACUCAAUUGGAUGCAAUGGAUGAAGCAACAUCAAAAUUAAUGAAACCAGAAGAGGUAAUUGAAAAAAUGUCACAGCGUAGGUCAUCGGAAACACGGGAAAAACUUAAAGAAGACUUUCAGAUAGGAGAACCUAUAUUUGGCGAACCUAUUAUACGAUCCAUGAGCUCUCUGCAAGAACAGAAUUCCCUUGAUAUCGAGGAUGGCGAUAUAAUUGUAUAUAAUCGUCUGCAACGCGAUGAGACAAGAGAGAGUUCAGCUCAAAGCGAAUCUGUUGUGUUUGGAGAUGAUGAUGAUAAAGUCUUAAGCAAUGAUGCUGAAGCUGCAAGGUCACAAUUAUCGCGCCAUUAUACAAUUGCCGGAGAAGAUCCUCGUGUUAUUUUCAGGUCCGUAACUAUAGAUGAAACAGUGCGAUAUAUUGAGAAUGACAACGAAGAUGAAGAAAAUGGAAUUAACAACAGUAUGAGUUUCUGUUUGGACGACGAAACUUCUGAGAACAUUCGUAAAAAGAUGAUGGCAUAUUCCCUAUCGGAAGGGGACUCUGAUUAUUGUGAUCCCAGCAAUAUAAUCCAAGAUGAUUUUCAUAUAGACACCGCCAUGACUGAUGCCAUGGAUACAUCCACUGAAACUGAAUCGACGAUUGUCUCAGCCGCCACGAAGAUACAAGCCGGAGCACGAGGAUUCUUGGCUAGACGAAGAUUACGUCGAGCCAGUGCCGGAACAAAGUCGUCAACUCAGGAUACCAAGGCAUCUUUUGGAAACGAUGCCAUAAGCGAGUCUCUAGAACGGUUUAUUGAAGAAGAAGCUGCUAAGAAAAUCCAAGUCGCUUAUCGUCUGCACAGUAAAAAACAGAAAAAACAGACAAACAAUUUAAAAAGUGCAAGUUUGGAGAGCAGUUUGGCUGCCAAACGGCAAACACUGCAACGUGGUGAUGCAUUGCGAAAUGAUUCAAAUUCAACGCCAGAGGAUGAGAAUAGCAGUAGCACAAGUCAUGGACAACUUCCAAAGGUUGUAGAGACUCAGUCAGGCAAAGAUAUUGCUCCGCGUUCAAAGAGGAGUACCGAUUUGGGACUAAAAUGGCCCGCAGUGAGACAAAACUCCAUGCCAGUCCAAAUAGAUUGUGAGGUUCUCCGACCCAUACCGAAGCAUAUGCGAAGACGGAUAAAAAGCGCUGAAAAUGGAAAAAAUAAAAAACGAAAAUAAAUCUUACUAAAAUUCAUCAAAAUAUAUAAUGAAAUACAUAUACAGUACUGUACCGAAGUCGACUUUAAAAGCAAUUAUUCAAAAAUAAGUAAAGUAUAGUUUGAGAAACUCUUUUAAAUUAAAUGAAAACCCUGCACCUUUCAGUGGAUUUGUUUCGAAAGUGGAACACGGUUUCAUACUCUGCAAUUUAUAAAUUACAUACAUAUAUAUUUCUUAUAU